GCUUUUAGGCUGCUGAUGACCUCGAUUAUUAUAAAGCAAAUUACUUUUGCCAACGCUGCUUUUGCUGUGAGAGAACACGUGAAACUGGAGAUUGCUCGCGCUAGCGCCAUGAGUGGGCUACUCAAGAGGAAAUUUGAGGAGGUGGAUGAGGACCCAUGCUACUCCUCGCCCUCCUCCCUCUCCUCUGCCUGCUCCGGCUGGGACUCUGAGGCAGAGAGCUGUUAUUCAGACACUUUGGAUUCAACUCCCAGCAACCCAAGCUCACCAGCGACAAAUUUCACAACAUCUAUCCUUAAGAAGUCCAAGAGGUUACGGCGGACCAAUGUGACCUUUGACCAGGUGACAGUGUACUUCUUCCCUCGGUGUCAGGGCUUCACUAGUGUUCCUAGUCGAGGAGGCUGCACCCUGGGCAUGAUGCCACAUCACAGUGCACACCGCACAUAUACACUUCCUGAGUUUACCAUGGAGCAGCGGUCCCAGCGGCAACAAAAACUCAUCAGUCGACUCAGGGAAAAGAAGCUGGAGGCUCUCAAACUGAAGCUGACUAAGAACGGAACCCAGAAGAGCGAGGAGGCUGAGCGGCUUACAGUCAACGACAUCCCUGAGCAUGAUAUUGACAUCAGCAGCGUAAACCUGGACGAGGGCUUGUUCCUCCAACCAUACACAUCUAAACGCCGUUAUGCACUGCUUAAAGCGGCUGGUGUGAAGAAGAUUGACAAGGAGGAGAAGAGGCAGCUGCGUGAGCUGAGGAUCUCCAGGGAGAACUGUGGUUGUGACUGCCAGGGCUUCUGUGAACCCGAGACGUGUAGCUGCAGCCUGGCUGGCAUCAAAUGUCAGAUGGACCACUCCUCCUUCCCAUGUGGCUGCACCAAGGAUGGCUGUGGAAACACAGAAGGUCGCAUCCAGUUCAACGCAACCAGGGUACAAACGCAUUACAUCCACACCGUCAUGAGGCUGGAGCUGGAGAAGAGGUUGGAAGAAUCUGGCACAGAGGAGGAGGAGGACACCGCUGAAGCUACCCAACUGCAAACUGUUCAGCCCGGCCACCCCAGUGGUCCCCUGACUUUACUCCCUCAUGUCGAGCAUACCUCAGCUCUACCAGCAGGACCCUCCUUCCCCUUUUGCUCAGACCUGGCAACAGCCGGUGAGAAUAGCUGCAGCAGUGAUAUGACAGAUUUAUCAGUGUCUUCUGGCCAGAGUGAAGACUUCGAGGUAGGCGAGAACCCCAACAAGGAUCACGCCCAGCUUGAUGUCGAUGAGAAAGGUCUGAGUCGCAUCCUCAGUUUCGCUGACUCCGAAAACUCCUCAAGAGAAAAUGAGGCCAACAUCCAUAAAGACUCUUGUUGCUCUGACCAGCGGCAACAGCAGCCAUCAACUGUACCAUUUAGUAGUUUUAGCAUGGCAGACUUUGCAGACGAAAAUGAUAACAUAGAAGCUGCACUGUUGAACUCUGCAGACGAUCACACGGACAAUCGACCAACAGCAAUUUCAGAACUUUUGGACGAGAAUGCCAACCAAGGAAAUGGACUGUUUCAUAGCAUUAGUGUGCCACACACUCCCUCCCCCACCGUGGACCGCUCGGAGAGCUACAGCAUGGAUCUGAGCCUCUCUUCGGAGUCGGACCUGGAAUUCUUUGAUGGGUUUCCAUGCCUGGGCCCAAGCUCACUCUACAACUCCCUCAAAGAGUACGAACACAUGGACAACUUUUUUCAGUUUCAGUUGCCUAGUUACCCCAGCUUCCCAUCAGCUGGUGACCCCGGAACAUGCCUCUUGGAGUCACUAAUUGGCCUUUCAGAAUCUGUCCCCGAACCCCCUGCUGCUUUUACAGACAAUCAGCUUUUGGAAGAAGCCAUGAAAUUGUCUGUGAUGGAGUCUGUGAAAGUUUGACAAAAACUUUGAAAAUCUGCAGACACUUUUACAAAAUAAAAAAAGGUUCAGAGUGAGGGGUAGAGGAGGACUGCACAUGCACAUAAGAUGUCGAUGUAAACAUGUUGGAUUUGGAGGAAGCUGUGAUUAUUAUUUUAUUUUUUUCCCCCUGUUUGCCUCAUAAUUGUUUGAAUUCCAGACUUGCCUUCAAAAUGUUAGCAAAGCAGUUUGGGGAAUAUUGCUGUGUGACAUGGCAGCUAGUGGGAAAUGACAAAAUAAUCCAAUUUGACCAUCUUAACCUUCAGGCCCAUUCAAUCCAAUGAUGGCCCUCAAUUCCUAAGAAAGCUUUUUUAACCAAACUAAGUUUAAUGACCACAUGCUGAACAGCAGUCAACUUUUAAGGGGCCAGAAUUGGAAACUCAACACGGCUGAAUGUGCACCUCAGGGAUUUAUUCUCUUCUAGCUUUUGAAGGCAGUGUGUGGUGACCAUUGCUGUGAAUCCCAUGGGUUUGCCUUUGUAUAAAACCCCAGUUGAACCACAAUGUUGUCCUGUUCAUGCCUUCCCACUGGCCCCAGUAUUUGCACCCAUAUGACUUUAGUUGGCAGUUAGAAGUAAGAGGACUUGAUCUCUGCCAAGGGUCUUAUCUGGUACAAAUAAUCCCUCUAAAAGCUCCUCGAUCUGCACUUUAUCUGUGAAAAUGGAUAUUGAUGAAUAGGCAUUGUUUUGGUUGUUUGGGGCCGAUUUCAACAGUUCAACGCUAAAUUAUGGAUUUUCUUAUUUAUGAGCUGGCAAACUAAAAAUCAUGCUCAAAACAAAAGCUAUAGCUAUGAUGUCUUUAUUGCAUUUAAGUUAUUUCCUUUCAUGACUAUUUAUUUCAGAUGAAGCCUGCUUUUGCUCUUGAAGCACCAUGGUUUGAGUAUUUUCACCUGAAAGUGCAAUCUUACUUUUUUAAUAUCACACUUAGGCGUUGUUUUGAGGAAUGGGACCACAAGUCCAGUAGUAUUUAUCUCUUCCCUUAUACUGUACAUCUAACAUAUUUUUGCUAAGUUAUUUUACUAGCUAUUUAAUUUAAGACAUUUUGGCAAUAAAAUGGGCAGUUAGAUUUUACUGGAUGUGCCUGCUUACUAGGGAAGCCAUGCCUCUGUCAAUGGCAUGUGUGCACAGUGCUUCCAUUUAGGCUUUGGGACUGAAAACUGUGGAGUCUCCCUAAUCACCGAAACAAAAUUAUAAGUCUACUGUGUCACUGCCUAAUGCAACCGUAAAAAAAAAAAAAAAAAUACACUAAUAUUUUCUAACUAAUAUAUGUAGGUUGACAAAAAAGAAUUCUAAUUACUGACAAAUCAAAUUAUUUUAUUAAGAAAGUAAAAUGAAUAAUUUUCAAUUUGGGACAACCUUUGUACUAUUAUAAAGAAAUGUAUACUUAUGAAGGCUGUUGCUCUCAUUCUAAAAGUAUUUUUCCAUAGGAUGUCUUAUGGUUAGAUAUUGUAGUGAAAUGUCACUAAAACUUAAGUCAAUUGCAAUGAUCAAUUUGAUUGUACUCUGAAUUUUUUUGGAAGUCUGUGACUUGGGUUCCAUUGUGUUAUCCAAUAAAAGUAUAAAGGGUUCUUGUGGAUAAAAACUGCAUAUAUUAUACAAUUUUUAUCGCAUACACAAAACCUAAAAAUUGAAGAGAUGCCUCAUUAUUUGUAGAACAAGACCUUUCAAAGGUCUUUCUGCUGUCACACAUGAACGACUGAGGGACAUGAGAGAGUUGAUGUACAUAUCUCACCCUUUCUGCAGCUGUUUCAUCAGCCUUUCUGGACCCUUUCGAGAUUAUGCAUGCAGGUCCUGUUUGUUAAAACUUGCUCUGAUUAAUUGUAUAUUUUGAAAAGUGCCGCGUGCACAUUGGGGACGCUUUAUUCGCGUUUUGCUUUUUUGGUUACUUUGAAGUCCAUCUGAUAUACUGUAUGUUCGUUCCAAUGCCAUGAAGAGGGCACUGAUUUCUGCAAGUUUUGUUUCUCUUGUAUAAAAUAUCAAAUCUCAAUGAAGAAAUGACAACAGUGAGUGUUUAUCAAUGUAAUGUAUUACAGUACAGCUUCUUUUCUUUUGCAAAGAACGUGUCUUACUUUUGCCUUUGUGUUGUACAUAUUUCUGCUUGAAUGGUCCUGCAGAGCAAACAAAGCUGCUUUAUUUUUUACAUAUUCACACUUUAACCUGCUGUUCAAAAAUGUUUUCUUUUAUCUAAGCCAUUUUGACAGCCUGUCCCUCCAAAUAAUAAUAAAAAAAAAUCAUUUUCUAAA